AUGCCAGUGCGACACCUCGACUUCUACACGAAUCAGAAGAACCUGAUCUCGGUUCAACCCCUGUCGGCUCUCAAGGAUAUCCGUUUAGGCAUCGACGGCAAUGUGUGGCUCAAGAAGAUUAUCUCGCAGGCAGCAUCGGAGCAGUACUUAGCCGGUAUUGGAGGCACCCCUUCGUGCAUGCGCAAGGCUAUCGAGAAGGAGCUCGAGGGAUUCAAGGCUGCUUCGAUUCACCCACUGUUUGUGUUCUCAGGACUCACUUUGAUCCGCAAGGACAAGUCAUACGUCAACGACGACGUCAAGAUGGUCAAGAGGAACGCCGCAUGGGAUGCCGUCAACGCUGGAAAGAUGGACCUGGCUCUCUCCUCCUGGAGCUCGUCGUACGUUGUACAUCAGCCUGACUUAGUCCACCUUGUCAUCAGGAUCCUCAAGGAAAACAACAUCGACUACAUGAGGGCUCCCUACGGCGCCGGUGCACAGCUCGUGUACCUUGAACGGAACCCCAAGCAGAUCAUCCAUGCGACCUAUGCAGGAUCCGAGUUGCUCAUGUUCGACAUUGACCGUGUCAUUACCUCGAUCGACUUUACGAAGCAGACCUUCUCGGUUAUCUCAAAGAAGGCUCUCCUCCAGGAUCUGUUACUAUCCGACGACCAAUUCUUGGACCUCUGCAUUCUCGCCGGAUUUGAAUACUGCAUAACUUUCCCACCACUCGCUACCGAGGGUUCAUUCGCCUUCAAGAGCAUCCACGAUUUGCUGCAACAACACAGGACCGGAUUCAACGCCGUCAAGGCAUACGCAGAGUCGCCUCAGGUUAUCAAGAGCAACUACGUGGACCAGUUCUGCAGAACGCGAUGCGCCAUGCGACACCAGCCAAUUUUGACCGACGAAGGACACGUCGAGCCCAUGAAUGUGGCACACGCACCAAACGACAUUCACGAGUUCAUCGGAUACCGCCUUCCGGACGAGGUCUACUACUAUCUCUCCCGAGGCGUCAUCACAGAGCCUACUUUAAACACUCUACUCUCCGGUAGUGUCGCGGAAUUCUCGCCUCUCUGCAACGGAGAGACCAAGGAGUACCGCAGCUUUUUGACAUCAGAUGUGAUGAAGAUGAGGGCCCAGACGAUUGCACUGCUGAAGGUUCAUCUCCACACAGUUUACGACCGCAAGAUUUCGAUCAACUACUGGUUCGAGAACAGCUCUGCUCCCGAGCACAUUCUCAAGCCUGAUCCUUCGUUUAAACCCGAGAGCAUCUCGCAGUGGAAGGCUGGCAAGAGAUCAAUUUUGAAGGACCUCAAGCAAACUGGCAUGGCGCGUCCAGACUAUGCAUUCUGUUUGGACAUGAUCUCCAACGCCGGCGACGCGCUGUCGACCAUUUUGCCCACGGGUGCAGGAAAGCCCGCACCACUUGCAACCUUGAUUGAAGUCCAGGGACGUCACCUCACCAAGCUGUUGCAGCUGCGUGGAUUCAUUGAGUUUACCCAUCAACCUUCAGCCUACGGAAAGUGUAUUGUCGAUACCUUUAAGAUCCACACAACAGCACCCCAUGAGUUUCAGGAUGCACUCUUCCUGGCCUUGGAGUUGGUCAAGGCGGAAUUGCUCACGCCAAGACCUUACAGCCAUAACUAUACCAAGAAAGCCGUCCUGGAGAACCAGACUGCCACCAAGGCCAUCCGUCUCGUCACGCGCACCGCCAGCUUACUCAGCGCGCGCUUUAAGGGAGUUAAAUCUUGGGCGGGACCUUUGAGCCGUGACCUGUUGGCGUUCAACAGUAUUACCAAGGUAUUGACGCGCGGCCUUCGCCAUCUGAGCGAGGCAGUCCUCCUGGAGAUGCUACUCGGAAACGAAUGCCAAAAGGAUACCCUAGACUUUACAGAGUUGGCGGCCUCGAUGCCCUUUGCCUACGAGCCUUCGACUGUGCUCGGCAUCUUGGUGAAGGAGUACCUCGAGCUCUUGACCCUCAACGCCAAUGCCAACAACAACAAGCUGGAUAAGGAUCAGGCUAUCCAGCAGGUUGAGGAGCAUAUUGGAGCGACCUCAUUGUCGAGCUUGGCUAACACAGUCAAGGAGGAGCUGCAGAGAGGGUUUGCGUUCUGGGAGGUCGUGUGCGAUGCUGUCAAGUCGCUUGCGGCAUCGAACGCUAUUAGCAAGGAGCUUGCUCAGGAAUUCCAGGAAGCUAACAACUGGACCAAGACCCGCAAGAUCUAG